AUGCACGCUCAUGAGAUGGCGGAAAACAUCGAGAAGAAAUACCUGCCUGGGACUGACGACGGCCAGCAACACAUCGAAACCGGUGACGACCCGAGUCAACUGACCGGAGAAAUGUCAUUGUUUGCGUUGACGGAGCCGCCAAGGGGAAACCCUCUUUCCAAACCCAACACUCUAGAUCUCAUGGAUGGCUCGGCAUUCAUCGUGCCACCCAAAUCCCUCAGUGGUAGCCGACAGCACAUCUUCGACUUGAACAUGAACUCUUUCAACGAUCUCAUUUUUCCGAAUCAGAACGUUCAAUUUCGGUCAGCUUGGGAUCAACUUGUGAAGGACACUUCCCAGAACCCUUCGGCCAUUUCUGAUAUCACUCGAAGCUCUUCGGUAGAUGUCGGAAUAAAGCAGACGGAAAAAACUGAAACUCGGCAGAAGACUGUUGAGGUCAAGGUCACAAGACACGUUGAUGACGCCAUCAAACACAAGACCAGAAGCUGUGAUGACUUUGAAAGCAAAACUUCAGAUACGAGUGACAGAGUCACGGCUCUUGUUGAUAAUGUCAACAAUGAAGAAGAUGAUGUCACUCAAACUGUUGGAGAGGAAGAAGAAACGGAAACGGAAACGGAAAUACCAGCCGCUGAGGCUGAACCGCGAGUGGAUGAUGACGCCAAUGAUAGCACCGUAUUGAAUCUGAUUGAAAAAAUGGUUGAACUUCAACAGAAUUACAACCACCUAAAAACGCAUUGGGACCAUGUAGGUAACGCCAUUUCACAGAGCUUCAGCUAUCUUCCUAUACCCGGAGUUUUCACACGAAUGUUGGGCUUAUCCUCCAGUGACGAACAAAAAGGGUUAGAUCGUAGAAUUAAAGGGGCCUCGCCUCGGACUUAUCUACCCCACGGUGCAUGUAGACGAUGCGCAGAGCGGAGAGAGAAGCAACGCGGAAAACAGUCGGCAAGAAGAAAAGAUGGCCGCCAUCUUGGAAACGAAAUUAUAACUGCCAAUUUUAUAAGAACAGACCCAAGAGACUCUGCAAUCAUGGAGGAAGCUAACCAUAGCAUAAACAGAAAUGAACAAUGUGAGCCAGCGCUUGAAAAUUCACUAGACAAUGUUAACAACACUUCAGAUGAGAAAGCAAAAAUGACCUUGUCCGUGUCGUGUUCGGGUCAUUUUGACGCAACAACGAAAUCAUUCAAUAUGGCGGACAGUCAGCUCGGAACGAGGCAGCGCCAUCUGUCAAAAAUGUCAAGGGACUGUGCCAGUAUUAAUCGAUGGUUAAUAGGUAUGGUAAAAGAAAAUAUGCAAAGGAAAAAAAUUGAAUCUACCAGUAGUUAGGGUCGCGAUCGUUGAGUGUUUUAGAAUUGGAAUUGUGACCAGUCUCUUGCUAGUGUCAGCCUUUUGCAGAAACCUAAUGCUAGGCUAUUGUUCAGGUGGACACCGUUGGGUUCCAUUGGAUGCUGCUGGUGAGUGGACAGUUUUCAACGUAAAUAUCGUUACUAGCAGCUACACGUACGAGUCAUAAAUAC